AUGGCCAUCAACACUUUUCCAUUUCAGAAACUCCCACUACAACAGAAAGAUUCCAUUUUGAAAGCUAUUGGUUUAAAUGAUAUUCUUGUAGCUAGCCAAAUCAACAAAGAACUCAGAAAUGGAAUCUUCACUAAUGGACCUUUUCCGAGAAAGGUUGACAUUAUCAGAAUUGAGAUGUUAAAAUAUCGAAUCGAAAACGAUACGCUUUUAGAAAUCGGAUGCGAAAUAACAAUACAAUCCAGAAAUGAUUCCAAGAAAUUCUCACUGCAUGCUCAAAAUGAACGCCUUGAUGUACAUUUGAAUGGACAAAUCCCGAUCCUCGCAAAACCUUUCUUAAAUUUGUUCAACAAACUGGCAACAUUGAAAGAUUUGCAGCUACAAUUCGGCAACUUUUCCCAUGAAUCAUUCGAAUACUUUGAUUUGGAUGGCCUAAUAUUUUAUCUGUUAGAAUUCGGAUUCUUCAAUCAACUUCGUUUAUUAUCGACUCUCCGAAUCAUGGGCUCUCUCGAUUUGGCAAAGAUUUUCUUCUCAAAUUUUCAAUCUGAAAUCCUCGAUGAGUUAAAUCUCAAUUUUUAUUGGGAUACAGAAAGAAAUCUCGAAGCAGAGCAAGCUUUUGGAGAGAUAUUUCAAAGGUCAUCUGUGCGAAAGUGCCAAAAUUUCAACUGGAUUGGCUCUCCAAUUGCUGGAGUGAAUUUUCUGUUCUUGAAUUCGAAAAACGUUUCAAUUGAAUAUGGAGAUGAUUUUGUUGGAUUUAAGUGCGUAAUUGAUUCACUUUUAAAAUCAAAAGUCUCAAAUUUACUCAACGAAAACUCUUUGAUCAAGUUACAAUAUUGGAAUUGCAAUGGCUGUGACGCGGUUCAGGAAUACCAUGAUCUUCUCACGUCCCACGGAGCAAUUGAACUUCAAGAUGAUGAAGAAAUGCUUUCGAAUCAGAGUUUUCCAAAUUUCGAUCCUGAUUCAGUGACAAAGCUUUUCAAGAAGAAAAUGAAUGAGCAAAAAGAAGCAAUGCAAAUCCACGUUCAUGAGUACGGCUUUGUGCUAUUUCCGACUUCAUUCCUUGAGAACACAAUGAUGCCUGCUCAUUGGGGAAUGGUCUUGUAUGGGAGCUUGUUUUGUCAGGAAAAUACAUUCCUUUGUGGUUUUCGAUUUGGCUUUUUUAUGGGAAUCAUUUGGGGAACCGUGCUUCAUAUUUUUAUGUAUCACUCGGAAAUGUUGACGGACUAUUUCCGUGAGACUCUCUGGGAAACGUAUGGUUACGAUGUGAACAAAAGUGCAAUCCUUGGACCAGUCUAUCGACAUCCAAACGAACUCGGAGUGUUAGCCUGGGACUGGGGACAACUCUUUUCAUUAGCCGUUUGCAUGGGUGAACUUGGAUCCACAUUUAUGGUCAUCAUUUUUUGUACCUGGAAUAUUCAUCAAACGUUAAAGACCUCCGCCAUGAGUGAAGCUUCAAAACGGCUAGAGCAACAACUUUUUAGAGCUUUACUAGUUCAGACAACGAUUCCGUUGAUUUUCGAGUAUACUCCAGGUGGAAUCGACUUCCUUUGCCCUCUGUUCCAUAUCCCCAUCGGCAGAGGCACAAAUCUCUCCCCGAUUCUCAUCUCAUUUUACCCGGUUCUCGAUCCAAUUUGUAUGCUCUAUUUUAUCAAAGAUUAUCGAUAUGCACUGCUAAAGAAACUCAGACUCAACUCAAAUGCAGCAGUUUCAAUGGAAAGCGGUGCAAGUUAUAUAUCCCAAAAAGCUCAGAUUUAUCUUCAGAAACCAGAGGGAGUUCAAAUUGAAAGAGAAAAAGAAUCUAAUCAA